AAAAAAAUUUAAAAACCGAUAAAUAACCAGAAACGCAGCCACAUUGGCGUACAAAUUUAAGUUGAGGGUGGCGGAAAAACGAAACUCGACCGGGAGAAUACUUGACGUGACUGAAAGUAAAUUAGUAAAGCUAUAUGGAGUUCUAUAGAGCUAAAGACACUGCUAGCAGUAAUAUAUUAUGGCAAUUACAAUAGAACAAUUUCUAGAAAAACUAAAGCUUGAUGAAUAUUUACAGAAGUUUUAUGAAAAUGGUAUUACAAAAAUAGAAUUGCUUACUGAUGAUCUCUUACAAGAGAUUGGGAUUGAUAAAUUUGGGCAUCGAAAAAGAAUUUUAAAUGAGCUUGAUUUGAUUAACAGUGCUUCAGUUUUAAAAAGUAAUCUAAUUGAAGCCAAUUUUACUGAUGAUACGCCUCCUCCAUUACCACCAAAACCAAAACCAAAACAAAAGCCAGAAAUACCCCCUCCUGUACCAAAAGAGAAGCCUAUUAAACCCCCACGCUUGCCUGGCAGUAUCAAGUCUAAAAAUGAAAUUGUAAGUAGUGGUGAUUUUCCUGUUAAAUCUGAGAAUGUUUCAAGUACUCUGCAGACUUCUUUUCCGGAGCAGACAAAUUAUGAUGAACAAAAUAGUGCUGUUUCUUCAUUAGAUCAUAAAUUGAUUACUGGCAGAGUAAAUUCAGUACCAAAUUAUUUGAAUUUUUCAUAUAAUAAACAAGAUGUUAUAAAGCCUAUUGUUCCUGAACGUCCUUUGAAAAAAAAUGAUUCUGAAUUACCAAACUUAUCAGAUUCUACAUCUUUUGAUAAAAACAAUCUAGACAGUUCUAAUGAAUAUCACCGAUCUCAGUCUUUGUCACCUUCAACAAUUUCUAAUGAAAAAAUAAUUGAUUCUCGUAAAGAAGAAAAACAACGUAAUCGAAGUUUUACAAUAUCUCCAAAAACCAAAAUCAAUAAAGAAUUUUUAAAAAAAAAAUCUCUAUCCGCUGAUGAAAACUCCUCUGAAGAAGAUGGUUUAACUUUUAGGAAUUUAAAUGAAAAUUCGGAAAAUUCGGUAGUUGAAAAUGCUGCAAUACCAAUUAUUCAAGAUCUACAGGAGAACACAAGUGUUGAAAAAGAUAAUAAAAAGCUUAAGUCUUGUGGAAAGAGUGGUUGGCUAAAUAAAAAAGGGGGCCAAAGAGGAGAUAAGUCAAUUCAGCGGCGUUGGGUUGAAUUUGAUGGAUAUGAUUUAAAAUAUUAUAAGGAAAAAAACAGUUUUCCAAAGCAAACUAUACCUCUGUCUAGAAUGAUCGAUGUUGAGUUUGAAGAUACUAAGAAGCCAACUUUUCAUCUUAACACUCCAAACAGGCGAUUUACAUUUAUUGAACCGAAUGGAAAUUACGAUGAACUUUGCUUAUGGAUGAGUGUUUUAAAAGAAGCCAUACAAAACAAAGUAUCAACUGAUUCAUCAGUUGUGGAAAUUGCAAAUCCUGAUAAAGAGGGUUGGUUGUUAAAACAAGGUCAUGAUAUGAUUAAAGAUUUUAAAAAAAGAUAUGUGGCAAUAAAAGAAGAUCUUUUAUAUUACUACAAUAAUUUUGAGGAUUUCUGUGAUGGACUUCCUAUAAACAUUUUGGAAAUGAAGUUAAUUUCAUUGAAAGAUGAGCCUUUGAAGUUUCGACUCCACCUGCAAUCACAUACACAAAAAGUUUAUACGUUUGAGGCUAGCGAUGAAGCAUCAUUUUUAAGUUGGAAAUAUGCAAUUGAAAGCUCUAUCCAAAUUGGACUUGGUGAUCGUGAAAUUUUGCAAUUGCUUCAACAAAAUCCAUCAAAUAAUUUGUGUGCUGACUGUGGAGAAAAAAAUCCUAUAUGGGCAUCUGUAAAUUUACUAGUUGUUGUUUGCAUUCAAUGCAUUGGUUGUCACCGAAGGUUAGGUGCACAAAUUAGUAAAGCUCGUUCAGCUACAAUGGACAAGAAAGUGUGGACAACAUCUUUAAUUAAGCUCUUUCAAGUGAUUGGCAACAAAAAUGCUAAUUCUCUGUGGGCUGGCAAACUUCCAUUAGAUGAUCAGAUACCUCAGAAUGCAUCGACCGAAACUCGUUUUGCUUUUGUUAAAGAAAAAUACCAGGAUAAAAGAUAUUUUUCCUGGUCAGAAAUGUAUGGACAACCAGAUGAGCUAGGAAUGGCUUUAAGAAAAGUUGUUCAAACAGAAAAUGUUCUUGAAACUCUAAGAUUGAUCGUUUCUGGUGCAGAUAUAUACUAUAUACCAGAUAAUUCUGAGGAUCAAAGGACACCUUAUGAAUUGGCAAAAGAUUCUGGGAUGGACUUACAGUCUGAACUUCUUUUACAGUACAAUGGGAACCUUUCUUUAGAAGAGCACAAUGCAUUGUUAGAAACAGCCAAUGCAGCUAAUGCAUCCAAUGCAGAGGAGCUGCAAAAAGAGCUUGAUUCACUUUCAAAGAAGACGUUUGAAAAAAGUGGAUUGUUACUUACAAAGUUGACAAAAAAUGACAGUUGGAAAGAAAAGUUAUUUAUACUUCAAGGAAGAAAACUUUGGUAUCAUAAAGGGCCAAAAGAAGAUGAUAAUGAGAUUAUAGAUCUAACAAAACUAGAAGAUAUUGAUUGUUGUGCUGAUGAUUUCUCUAUUACUUUGACUGUGGCUAAACGACAAUAUUUUAUGAAAGGAUUUAUUCUAGAAGAUGCUAAAAGUUGGGAAACAGCUAUCAGAAAUAAACAAGUGAUGAAUGUGAAUAUUGAACUUCAAGAAUGUGGCACUAACAAGGUUCCUUACAUUAUUGAAAAAUGCAUAACAUACAUUCAACUUCAUGCUCUUAAAACUGAAGGUAUUUACAGAUUAAGUGGGAGCAUCUCUGUUGUUAAAAGACUAACAUUAAUGUUUAAUCAAGAUGCUGCUAAUGUUCGUUUAUCAUUUGAUGAGUGUUCAGAUGUUCAUGCUGUUGCAUCUUUGUUAAAGCAGUACCUCCGUCAACUACCUGAACCUCUUUUAACAAAUGAGCUUUAUAAUGAUUUUAUAUCUAAUUCAUAUGAAGUUAGUGAUGAAGCGCAUAAUGAUAAGAUGUAUAGAUAUCAAGACCUUCUUCAAAUGUUACCAGAUAUUAACUAUAAUUCAUUAAGAUACAUUAUUUUGCAUCUUAACCAGAUAAUCAAGGAAGCUGACAAAAACAAAAUGACAUUAAGGAAUAUAAGUCUUUUGUUUGGUCCAAUAUUACUAUCUAAGGGAAACACUGUUGAUCAAGCAUUGUUAAACCAAGAAUAUAGUGUAUUGAGUGAUAUCCUCACUUAUUUUCAAUGGCUCUUCAAUGUUGAUGACAAUGAAUUAAAAGUGCUUGAGAAUAUGCAAGACGGUUUUAAAAAACUACAAGAAGCGCAGGAGGAGAAUGAUCGCUUAAAAGCACAAGGGCCAGUGAAUAUUAGUUCAAUGCAAGUACCAAUACAUGUUGAAUCUAAUGAAGACCAAAUGAAGAUGACCAAGUCAACCAAACCAAGUGAUGUUUGUUUAUACUGCAUAAAAAAAUACAACUUGUGUGUUGAUGGAAAUUGGGCUUUAUUUGAAUCAAGUCAAGACAAUAUGUCAGAGCGUCUUAUACAUUCUAAAGAAGAUGUUUUGACGUUGGCAAUGAAUAUUGGGGAUAAAAAACUUGUUGUGAAAGAAAAUUAUGUUGUUUCAAAACUUUCCCAAUUUAGAUCAACUAGUCUGGGAUUGCAAGGGUAUCUUCACUAUUCAAAAAACGAUAGUAAAACCUGGAAAAAAAAUAUGUUUGUAGAUGUCAAAAAUGGAAAUGUGAAAGUUUUUUCUAAAAAAGGAUCAAGUAAAGAAGAUGAAAACAUAGCAAUUCAUGAAACUAUGCUUUAUAUGGGGCUAGAACUUAAAAAAAAACCUCCUGCAAAGUAUGGGUUUUCCUUGCUUAUAAAAGAUAAUGAAAAAUUUGAAACAAGAUAUUUUUCAACUGAUAAUGAAGUUGAAGUUGAUAUGUUUGUUGCUACCAUUUUAAGUAUAAGGUAUCCAACAGGACUAUGGACUCAAAUCAAUUCAAUUGAAGGAGAGAAUGAAGAAACAGUAACACUAGCAGAAUCUGAAAACCACUGGGGAAGACAGUCAACUUACUUACGACCUCGAGGAGCAUCUUUGCGAAUGUUACACCAACUUCAACAAAAGAAAAACGCUCUAAAGAAUGCUUUACACAUAUGAUUAUAAUAACUUUCAA